AUGACUGCUGCAUCCUAUAAAAUUGAUGAUGGGCAGAGCUAUCCUACCAAAUGCUUCCCUGCCCGAACAUUACUCCGUCGAAGGAAAGACGGUGGUGGUCAUUGGCUUGUGGCUUACACAAAGGCAGAGGAGCAGAGGUAUAGUAAUGUGCGCAGAAGAAUAAAAGAGACUCAUAAAAAACGUUUGAACAGCAGGGUGGCUGAUCCUCCUCAUAGUAGUACUUUAGAUGGACCCUUCCUGCUCCAGUUACACUGUGUUGAUAAACCCUCUGAGCUGUGCUCUGUUGACAUCAGUGAACAGAAAUUGAAUUCUGUCAAGCCAGAAGACCUCAAGGUGUUUGAUAAUGUAGCAUUCAUCGAUGCUUCUAUUAACUCCCUCUCUUUAGGGUCUUUCAGCAGUUUUGUGUCUUUAAGAGAACUCAAUCUGUCUGUAAACAGGAUUUGCAACAUGACCUUUGAUGCCUCUGACUUCCCUUAUCUGGAGGCUUUGGAUUUGUCCUACAACAGUUUGUCAGCUGAUGAUAUUGUUUCCAUCGGUUGGCUUCCACGUCUAAAAGUCCUUCAUCUGACUGGAAAUCAUCUUCAUCAUCUUCCUCCUAAUCUGGGUUCUUCCAACCUUGACCCCACUCAACUACUGGCUAAAGAAGAAGACACACAAUUUAGAGCUCUCGAAGUCCUGAUGCUUGAUGAUAACAAACUGUCCUCCGGCGUCUUCAGCAGUCUUACAAACCUUAAGAGGCUAAAGUACUUAAACCUACAGGGGAACUGUAUUUCUGAAAUACCAUAUUUCCAACCAACGGGCUUUUCAAAACCUGUGCAGACUUCUAAUGAAAGGCAUGCUGAGGAAGAGGGACCUGUCUACAUUGAGCCAGAUCCUAACAAUGGUGAAAAUUUCAAGAGAAUCUCACAGAGGGAAAACCUGGAGGAGUACUGCAAAGGAUCCAGUUUGCCACUACCCGAGCUUCAGUUCCUCAAUUUAUCUGACAACAAGAUUGAAGCAGAAGAAGCACUGAUGGCUGUCGCUCUUUUCCCAGUACUUUGUGAACUUGAUAUUUGCUCCAACCCUCUGACCACACAGAGAAGUGGAGACCCCCCCUUACUGACCUAUUAUCUCCAAGAGAGACUGGGGAUAACAAUAAAGCGUAAAAAGACCCAAGAAGUUGUGAAGCCCCCGUUGAAGGUGUCCACUGACCCAAAAUGGAAGGUGAAAGAAAGAAUCCCAAAGAUGUCAAAGAAGCUGUUGUUGAUGGCUGCAACUUGUCCUGCACCAACUCAGGAUGAGGAAACUGAGGUGACUGUCAAGAAAACACCAGAACCUGAGGGCAGAGAUGACACCUUCCAAGAAGAUACAGAGCACUUCUUUGUUACUCAGGUAUCAGACAUUUCUGAUUAUGAGUUUGAUCUUCGAGCUGAUGAGAAAGUGACUGCAGAGAACAAGGGGAGAAACGAGGACGAUACCAUCCCUGUAAAAUUCAACUGUUAUAAAAUGUUGAUUAAUGCAAAACCAAAUCCUGAUGUGGUGGAGUCCAUUGGAAUUCAAACAGCUGUUCGGAUGCUGGAACACGCACUGAAGAAUCUUAAUGUUUACAGAGACUCAAAACCAAAACUUGAUAGCAUCCAGAUGCCACACAAAGAAAGACAGAAAAGGAUUAAGGAACUUCCACCUUUGAAACUGAUAAAGAAGCCAGUUGAAAGGGUUGACCAAAUGAUCAAAGAAAUGAAAGAGAGUACAACGAUAAGAGAAGUCACCUUGAGCAGUGCCAUACAGUGCACAGGUGUUAACAAGCACGAAUAUAAGGAAGCUUUAUCGCUGCUGAGCGAUAUGAAGACAAAGUACAAGAUGGUCCAUAAGAAAACAAUGGAACAAGCAGCCAGUGUUGAGUCCAAUAGACCCACCAACCUAAACUGAGCUCAACCGCCACCUGUGCAGAUGAUCUAAUUGAUAUUCAAAUGCAUAGCUAAACUCUGAUUCU